AUGCAGCUGAUCACACUCCUUACCACGGCAUUAGUGGCCUGCGUCGCCACAGCAGCACCUCCUCAUCAGAAGCGGAUGAACAAGAUGGUAUUCGCGGGCAUCAAUGAAUCAGGCCCGGAGUUCGGCGAGACCACCUUUCCAGGAGUCCUCGGCGCAGACUUUACUUGGCCAAAUUUGUCGACGAUCGAUACCUUCGUCUCUCAAGGCCUGAACACAUUCCGCAUCAACAUUCUCAUGGAGAGACUCGUGCCAGAUCAGAUGACUGGCAGCCUGGAUGAGGCGUAUCUGGCGAACUUGACAGACACGGUGGAGUACAUCACGAGCAAGAGCAGUGACAAGAGUGGAUUUUACUAUGCUCUCAUUGCGCCACAUAAUUUUGGCAGGUACUAUGGAGAGGUGAUCAACAGUACGGAUGACUUUGGAGCUUUCUGGAAGACCGUCGCUGGGGCUUUCAAAGACAACCCGUAUGUCAUCUUCGACACCAAUAACGAGUUCCACGACAUGCCCGGCGCUCUGGUCGCCGAGCUCAAUCAAGCCGCCAUCGAUGGGAUUCGAGCCGUAGGGGCAGCUUCUCAGUACAUCGCGGUUGAGGGCAACGCAUACACCGGCGCCUGGACCUGGACGACUGCCCAAGGAACUGACGGCAAGACGAAUGCAGAGACCAUGGGGAACCUCACAGAUCCGUCGAACAUGAUACUGUACGAGAUGCACCAGUAUCUUGACGAGGACGGCAGCGGCACUUCUGAGACCUGCGUCAGCGAGAAGAUCGGUCGUGAGCGUCUUGAAGCAGCGACCCAGUGGUUGCUCGACAAUCAAAAGAUUGGGCUUCUCGGAGAGUAUGCGGGAGGCGUCAAUCCCACAUGCCAAGCUGCGAUUGAGGACAUGUUGACUCACGUCGAUCGGUAUAACAUGGUGUGGAAAGGAGCUUUAUGGUGGGCUGCUGGACCUUGGUGGGCGGACUACAUGUUCUCGGUCGAGCCGACAGAUGGUCCAGCGUACAGCACAUACGUGCCCAUCAUGAAGAGAUUCCAUUGA